AUGUCUCAAGGAGUCCACAGGAGUAGCAUCAGCGCCACAUCGGGCAGCCACUACGACGAACUCAGCGACACGGAGCUGAUAAAGCUGGUCGGCGAAUUGAAACAGAACCUCAAGGCGUUGCAACUCGAAAACGACGUACUCGAAAGGGUCCUGACCAGGCUGGACCCCUCCCUGCUGCAGGGCAUCCAACAGGCCAUCGAAUACGCGAGCAAAUUUCAGAGCUACUCCUCGAUGAACGUGGGCAGUUUCGUCAAAUCGCAAACUUCCAAAUUCGGGUUCGAGUCUCUGGCCAGUCCAUCCAGGAUGCUCACUAGCCCUUCGAAGGUUUCGACCAGGCGAAUAGACUCAUCCGCCAGGGUCGGAGGGACGGUCAUCUUCGGCACGGGACCACGAGUCAACGUGUUAGAGAGAUCGGAGCUAGUUUCCACCGAAAUGGAGAUCGUGAUACGGAAUCUCGAGAAAGUCCGGAGCAAGGCCGCUAAGCAACACGCUUUAUUAAAAGCUCAAUUAGAAGAGAUAGGCCUAAGGGUCAAUGAUAUCGUGAAAUCAUACGAGCUGUUCGACAAGCAGGUUAUCGUGGAAGGCUGGGACAGUAUAGCCCAAAGGAUUCCCGCUGAAAUCUGGAUACGAUUCAUGACUGAGUGGGUCAAAGCGACCGACAGCCAGAUCGGGAAGCUGCGGCUCCGAACAAGCACCCUGAACACUCACUACAGCAAAUUAAAAGGACAGAUCCAAGUCAAAGAGGAGCUCAGCCAGAAUCUAAGACCCGUCGAUUUUGACAAACUGAAGAUCGAAAACGGAGAAUGCAUUAGCGUUAUCGAACAGAAGAUUCAGCAGCUUGGCGAACUUAAAAAGAUGACGGGCGACGCCAAUUUGAAUCUGGCCGUCCACAAGAAGGCUCUGAUGCAGCAGAACACAUACCUCGCCAACGUGUUGAGAACGAUCAGAUCGAAACAGCAGCAAGCCGCGGUAUUGGAUAGAGAGAAGAAUGUAAUAGAAGACGAAGCGGAUAAACUGGAGGAUAAGCUGGAGGGGGUGAGGAAAUUGAGGUCAGCUUUCGAAGUGCCCGAUGUCAUGGACUACGUGAGGGUCAAAGCUGAGGUGGCAGACCUAAAGCACUCGAUAAAGAUGCUGGAAAACCGAAGCAGAGUACAGCAGUUCGCUUUGAAAUCUUUGACCAGGCAAUUGAAGAUUUUGAAUUGACAAAUCAUUCGCAAUGGAUUUGGGUUGAUUAUGUUAAAAGCUAUUAGUGUUUGUAGCGUUUAUAAUAUUUGUAUAAGU